AUUAUGAGAGAGCAAGCCUCGUCCAGGUUUAAAUCACAGGCAGGACUCUCAUCAGGCAGGUAUGCUGAAGCGCACCAAGUACAGUCGACUGCGCAACGACUCGCUGACGUCUCUGGAGGAUCCUCCUCAGAGGAUGCUGCCCGUGGCCACUGACCUCUGCCUGGACUCAGAUUUUGCUCAGCUGGACCCGGAGACACCUGCGCCCCACGGACCCUCCACUCUGAGGGACUUCAUCCCCCGUGUGGCCAACAUCCGACUGCAGAGUCCUCUUUUCCUGAGGGGCCUGAGGGGGCAGGCCGAUGCAUCCCGAGGCAAAAGCAUCCCGGGAGACACUAAAAAACCCCUGACCCAGACAGAGUGGAACUCAGGAAACGCUGAAAGAGUUUGCACUUCUCUCAAUGUGCCUCUGUCCCCUGAACAAAACCUGAUUCACCCGGCUCUGCGAUGCACGAAGCGACCCAUCACCCUGCAUCGGAUGGCCAGCCUGCCCUGGACCCCCGGCUGCCCUCCCUGCUCCCAGCAGAGCGGAGCUUCCUCUGCCGCCGAUGGCUGUACUGUAGCGGGGACAGACGGCCGAGUGGUUCACCAUCAUAUGAAGUACAUGGGCAGCGUGGAGGUGACCCAGUCCAUGAGAACUCUUGACUUCAACACAAGAAUGCAAGUCACAAGAGAAGCAAUCAGCAGACUGUGUGAGACGACAUCUGGAAAAGCAUCAGUGAAAACUAAAAGGCCUGUGUGUAAGGGCCUAUCUGCUGUUCUGGGUCAAAUCAACCUGCAGUUUUCUGGGAGCAGGAUCAUCCUCACCGUCUCCACAGACAGUCUGACUCUCAUCUCGGCCUCCUCCUUGCAGAAGCUGGCCUACCACCCCAUGAGGGCCAUUUCAUUCGCCUCCGGAGGAGACCCGGACAUGGCAGAUUACAUUGCAUAUGUUGCAAAGGACCUUAUGAAUAAAAGAGCCUGCCACAUCCUGGAGUGUCCUCCGGGCCGGGCCAGCGAGGUCAUCAGCAGCAUCGGUCAGGCCUUCGAGACUCGCUUCCGCCAACUGCUCAGCCAGACUCCCUCUCUGCUGACAUCCAGCCCCAGGUCGGCAGUGACAGUCUGUGACAAAUGGCUCCAGGAUGAGCCGAUAACAGACCAAACAGACCAGCAGCUCCAGCGUGUCAGAGGGCAGCACGACUACUACAAUGUGAUCCCAGGAAAGACGCCCCCUGCUGGGGGAGUGGAGGAUGUACGGAUCACCCAGGAGGAGGGCAGACAGGAUGCUGACAUUCAGGAGGUCUGCCUGUCUGGCCCUGCUUCACUGUAUGAGAACUGCGCCUUCACAGAAGGAGCUCUGGCUCCACCUGCAGUGGACGCCAGUGCUGAACAGAGUUUGUCUUUCUUUGAGAUCCACGAUCAAGAUUUGAUCCAGGAAGAAGGCUGGUUUCAUGGCAGGCUAGAGAGGAAGCAGGCGGAGUCCCUCCUCACCUGCAGCGGGGAUUUCCUGGUCAGAGAGAGCAGCUCGGCCUCCGGUCAGUACGUCCUCAGUGGCAUGGAGGGAGCGACGGUGCGGCACCUGCUGCUGGUGGAUCCACACGGACAGGUGCGGACCCGGGACCAGGUGUUCCUGAGUGUGGGCCACCUGGUGCGUUUCCACAUGGAGAGCCAGAUGCCCAUCGUCUCCGGAAGCAGCGAGCUGUGUUUGAAAAAGCCAAUCUUACAAACACAGUAA